ACACAGAUAUUUCAGUGGUUACUGGUUGAAUAUUCUUUGGAAUAUGUCAAGCUUGCGUGCAUAUCUGUAUACUUGUUUUUCCUGUCUCGUGCACGUAUUUUUAUGCACACACCUUAACUCAACCAGUCAGUCUGUCAGACAGUCAGGGCUUGGUGCAGUUCUGUUCUGUUCCAGUUUCCAGUAAGCUGAUCCUGUUGGCAAAGGCUAGUGGGGAGACUUCCUUUUCUGGAAGGACCUGAUGCAUCGUGUUAAUGAUCCUCUCUCUCUUCCACCCCAUUUCUUUUUCCCUCUCUCUCUCUCCGUCUCUGCUGGCCUGUUCGACGAGAGUCUCAUUUCAUAUUACAACGUCUGGGCAGGGAGCGACAGCAGAGAUCAUCCAGCCGGCAGAGUGAAGUGGAUCACACCCCCUUUUCAACCUAUUGCUCUCUCUCUCCUUCUCACACUUUUUUCACGCUCGUCUUUCUCCUACUUUACGUCUUAAUCACCGUUUUUUUGUCUUUUCUUUUUCUGUCUCUCUUCCCAUUUUUGUGUGUCUUUGUCUCUUUCUGAAAGAGUGCCUCUAGACUCCACUCUCAGGUAGGCAGCACGACACCAAGUCAGGAAUACGCUCCUUCAGUCUACUUCUCUAUCUAUCUUUUCUUUCUUCUUGCAUCACAUAUAUCAACAUCCUCCACCUCUUCAUCUUCCUUCUCCAUCUCUAUUUCUCCACUUUCCUCCUGCCUCCACACCCUGCCUCUGAGCGCGUUGGAGAGAGUCGCCAAUUGCGCACAGAGAAGGCAGCAAGUGGGAGUGGACCUCAGUGAGCGUGCUUGCAAGUGUGUGCGAGUGUUUGUGAACGUGGAGAGGAAGAGGAGAGAAGAAGAAGAAGAAGGAGGAGGAGGAGGGAGUGAGCAUCAGCACAGUCCUCCCAGUCUCUCCUCGCUUCACGCGCACUCCCACUUUGCAUGGAACAGUCCUUCUUUCACUGCUUCUAAAUGGACAUUUCUGUGGCAGCGUUUAAGCAGUGAAGACAGCAGCUGCUGCCACUCUACUCCAUGAGCUCCUACAUGCUGGAUUAAAAAAAAGUGAAGAGAGGGGAAGAACAGUGGGAGAGCUCUGAAUAUGAGUGAGGAAGCUAAGGAGAAAGCAGGCGGCGGGAAAGGAGCCCAUCGCAAGAAGAAAGGCAAAAAGUCUGAUAGCAAUGCCAGUUACCUACGAGCUGCCCGGGCAGGGAACCUCGAAAAAGUCCUUGACUACCUCAAGUCUGGGGUUGAGAUUAACAUUUGCAAUCAAAAUGGUCUAAAUGCUCUUCAUCUGGCCUCCAAGGAGGGACAUGUAGAGGUUGUUGCUGAGCUGCUGAAGCUCGGAGCCACUGUGGACGCAGCCACAAAGAAAGGAAACACUGCUCUGCACAUAGCGUCGCUUGCUGGCCAAACGGAAGUCGUCAAAGAGCUGGUCACUAAUGGAGCCAAUGUCAACGCACAAUCUCAGAAUGGCUUCACUCCUCUGUACAUGGCAGCGCAGGAGAAUCACCUGGAGGUGGUGCGGUUCCUUCUGGAGAACAGCGCCAGCCAGAGUAUCGCCACUGAGGAUGGCUUUACCCCUCUGGCAGUGGCCCUCCAGCAGGGCCAUGACCAGGUGGUCUCCCUGCUAUUGGAGAACGAUACAAAGGGCAAGGUGCGCCUGCCUGCCCUGCACAUCGCUGCACGCAAGGACGACACCAAGGCCGCGGCCCUGCUCCUGCAGAACGACCACAACGCAGACGUCGAGUCCAAGAUGAUGGUGAAUAGAACAACAGAGAGUGGUUUCACCCCCCUCCACAUCGCAGCGCAUUAUGGCAACAUUAAUGUGGCCACGCUUUUGCUGAACCGUGGGGCUGCUGUGGACUUCAUGGCUCGGAAUGACAUCACACCGCUUCAUGUGGCCGCAAAAAGGGGCAACAGCAAUAUGGUGAAGUUGCUGCUGGACAGAGGGGCCAAAAUUGAUGCAAAGACCAAGGACGGUCUGACACCUCUUCACUGUGGGGCACGGAGCGGACACGAGCAGGUGGUAGAAAUUCUUCUGGACAGAGGAGCUCCUAUACUGUCCAAGACCAAGAACGGCCUAUCGCCUCUCCACAUGGCCACUCAGGGGGACCACCUGAACUGCGUCCAGCUCCUGCUCCAGCACGACGUGCCCGUGGAUGACGUCACCAAUGACUACCUUACGGCGCUGCACGUUGCUGCCCACUGUGGUCACUACAAGGUGGCCAAGCUCAUUGUUGACAAGAAGGCCAACCCAAAUGCCAAGGCUCUGAAUGGUUUCACUCCGCUUCAUAUCGCCUGCAAGAAGAACAGAGUCAAGGUGAUGGAGCUGUUGCUUAAACAUGGAGCGUCUAUCCAGGCUGUCACAGAGUCCGGCUUGACGCCCAUUCAUGUGGCAGCCUUUAUGGGCCAUGAAAACAUUGUCCAUGCGCUGACGCACCACGGAGCAUCGCCCAACACCACCAAUGUGCGAGGAGAGACAGCUCUCCACAUGGCAGCCAGGGCAGGCCAGGCAGACGUAGUCCGAUACCUGCUAAAGAACGGAGCCAAGGUGGAGACCAAGUCCAAGGAUGACCAGACAGCGCUGCACAUAUCCAGUCGGCUGGGGAAGGUCGACAUUGUCCAGCAGCUGCUGCAUUGCGGUGCGUCUGCCAAUGCUGCCACCACCUCAGGCUACACCCCCCUUCACCUGGCUGCCCGCGAGGGACACCAUGAUGUUGCUGCCAUGCUCCUGGACAAUGGUGCCUCCCUCUCAUCUGCAACAAAGAAAGGAUUCAGUCCCCUCCAUGUGGCAGCAAAGUAUGGCAAGAUGGAGGUAGCCAGUUUGCUCCUACAGAAGGGAGCUGCACCUGAUGCUGCUGGAAAGAGUGGGCUAACUCCUCUGCAUGUAGCUGCUCACUACGAUAAUCAGAGAGUGGCGCUGCUGCUGCUGGAUCAGGGAGCUUCCCCACACGCUGCCGCCAAGAACGGCUACAUGCCCCUUCAUAUCGCUGCCAAGAAGAACCAAAUGGAAAUUGGGACCACACUGCUGGAGUACGGUGCAGACACCAAUGCAGUGACGCGGCAAGGCAUCAGCCCAAUUCACCUUGCAGCACAGGAAGGCAACGUGGAUCUUGUGUCACUGCUGCUGACCAAGAAUGCUAAUGUCAACGUGUGCAACAAGAGCGGACUAACGCCACUCCACUUAGCAGCGCAGGAGGACAAGGUCAAUGUUGCUGAAGUCCUUCUCAAUCACGGGGCUGAUGUCAACCCACAAACAAAGAUGGGUUACACUCCGCUGCAUGUAGCUUGCCACUAUGGAAAUGCAAAGAUGGCAAACUUCCUGCUGCACAACCAUGCCAGAGUCAAUGGCAAAACCAAGAAUGGGUACACUCCUCUACACCAAGCUGCUCAGCAGGGCCACACCCACAUCAUCAACCUGCUGCUUCAGAACGGGGCCUCGGCCAACGAACUCACUGUGAAUGGGAACACUGCCCUAUCCAUUGCCCGCCGUCUUGGUUACAUCUCUGUGGUUGACACUCUGAGGCCUGUGACUGAUGAAAACUUGGCCACUAUGAGUGCAUCCGAAAAGCAUAAAAUCAAUGUCCCUGAGACCAUGAAUGAAUUCCUCGAUAUGUCAGAUGAUGAAGUCCAGGCCAAUGUGCCAGAAACUCUCAGUGAGGAGUCUUUGUCAGAUGUUGACGAAGGUGAGGAUGCAAUGACUGGGGAUACAGACAAAUACCUGCGGCCUCAGGACCUCAAAGAGUUGGGGGAUGACUCUCUCCCUCAUGAGGGGUACAUGGGUUUCAGCAUAGGAGCCCGCUCAGCCAGCCCUAGAAUCAGCCUCCGCUCCUUCAGUUCGGAUAGGUCCAACACGCUCAACCGGAGCUCCUUUGCACGAGACAGUAUGAUGAUUGAAGAGAUUCUGGCUCCUACAAAAGACACGCUUCAGAGUGUCUGUAAAGACAUUUCGUACUUGGUUGACCCACUCAAUAAGCACCUUGCUGUGACCAGAGAUUACAGUUCGGAGUGUAUGAGACGCUACAGCUGGACUCCUGACACUAUGGAUCACAGCCACAACACUGUGUCUAGCCCAAUUCACUCUGGCUUCUCCUCCCCGCUCCCUCAGUAUGACUCCAGGUUCUUGGUCAGUUUCAUGGUGGAUGCCCGUGGUGGUUCCAUGAGGGGCAGCCGCCACAAUGGCAUGCGCAUCAUCAUCCCUCCCAGGAAAUGCACGGCACCCACACGUAUUACUUGUCGCCUGGCUAAAAGACACAAACUGGCCUAUCCUCCACCCAUGGUAGAGGGGGAGGGGCUGGUCAGCCGACUGGUGGAGGUCGGACCUGCUGGGGCUCAGUUCCUUGGUCCUGUGAUUGUGGAGAUCCCUCAUUUUGGUUCAAUGCGGGGGAAAGAGAGGGAGUUGAUUGUGUUGAGGAGUGAUAAUGGUGACACGUGGAAGGAGCACCAGUCUGACACCAGACCAGAAGACCUCACAGAGCUGCUUUCUGGAAUGGAUGAAGAGCUGGAUAGUCCUGCCGAAUUGGAGAAGAAGCGUAUUUGCCGCAUCGUCACUGGAGAUUUUCCACAGUAUUUUGCUGUGGUGUCGCGGAUUAAGCAGGAAUCUAAUCAUAUGGGUCCUGAUGGAGGAGUACUUUCUAGCAGUACUGUUCCCAUGGUCCAGGCCUCAUUCCCCCCAGGAGCUCUCACCAAGAAGAUCCGUGUUGGCCUGCAGGCCCAGCCUGUGCCAGAUGACAUGGUGAGGGCAGUCCUUGGCAACAGAGCCACCUUCAGCCCCAUUGUCACUGUAGAGCCGAGGAGAAGAAAAUUCCACAAGCCGAUCACUAUGACGAUCCCUGUCCCACCUAGAUCGGCAGAAGGCCAUCCCAGCGGCCAUCGAGGCGAAUCUGCACCCUGCCUGCGUCUCCUCUGCAGCAUCACAGGAGGAACCUCCCCUGCGCAGUGGGAGGACAUCACAGGAACCACACCACUGUCCUUUGUAACUGACUGCGUUUCCUUCACCACAAAUGUUUCGGCCAGGUUUUGGCUCGCAGACUGUCACCAGAUUCCUGAGACGGUGAGUCUAGCGUCUCAGUUAUACCGGGAGCUGAUCUGCGUGCCGUACCUGGCCAAAUUUGUGGUGUUCGCCAAGAUGAAUGAUGCUGUUGAGGCUCGGCUGCGCUGCUUCUGCAUGACGGACGACAAAGUGGACAAGACCCUCGAGCAGCAGGAGAACUUUGAGGAGGUGGCCCGCAGCAAAGAUAUUGAGGUUCUUGAGGGCAAGCCGAUCUACGUGGAUUGUUAUGGCAAUCUUUCCCCUCUUGCCAAAAGCGGGCAGCAGCUGGUAUUUAACUUCUUCUCCUUCAAGGAAAACAGGCUUCCUUUCAACGUAAAGAUCAGAGACAUGGGCCAAGAACCAUGUGGGCGCCUCUCCUUCCUGAGAGAGCCAAAAACCACAAAAGGCCUUCCACAGACUGCCAUAUGCAAUUUGAAUAUCACACUGCCAACCCACAAGAAGGAUAUGGAGUCUGAUCCUGAUGAUGAGACUGAAAAGCCAGAGCGACGUCAUACCUUUGCCUCCUUAGCUUUGCGUAAGCGCUACAGCUAUUUGACCGACCCAGCAGCGAAAACAACUGAUCGAAGCUCGCCGAGAACACAGCCUUCUAGCUACCCUCACAAACCUGUCUUUUCAACGAGACCUUAUCAGGCGUGGUCGCCUGUUCCUGUCACCGUCCCUGGCCAAGCCAAGUCUGGGUUUGGCUCCCUCUCCAGUUCGUCAUCCAACACGCCCUCUGCCUCUCCAUUAAAGUCUGUCUGGUCCAUCAACUCUGCCUCCCCCAUCAAGACAAACAUCCCUGGAUCACCUGCCUCUUCUGUAAAGUCAGUUAGUGACAUAGCCUCUCCCAUCCGAUCUUACAGAACCAUCUCCUCUCCUAUAAAAACGGUAGUCCAGCAAGCUCAGUACCCCGUCCAGGUCAGCCCCAGUCCCCUUUCUUCACCGGGCAAAAGUGCCCCAGAUCCUCUGUCUAUGAAAGGAUUGGCAGCAUUGUCUGCUAGAACCUCCCCUUUAACUGUCCCUGAAAGAGGGAGCACUCUUCUUGAAAGAUCAUCUAUGGGCAUGACCCCACCAAGCUCUCCCAAAUCUUCUCUGAGUAUGUUCAGUUCACCCCUUCCAUAUAAGACCGUUAUGGGAGGAUCUAGUGGCACUGCAUCGUCCUCAUCACCUAUAAAAACUGUACCUGGUCUCUCUUCUGUGCGUUCCUUUGCCUCUGACGUCACAAGCCCUGCAAGAAACCUGUUUUCGUCCCUUUCAUCACCACUGAAAUCCAACUCCUCCCCAAGUGCUGCAGCUUUGAUCAAUGGAAGUGUCUCGCCCACACAGUACCGUUCUUCAUCCCCAACAUCUCUUCUCUCCAGCAGUCUCCAAGAGAGGAUACAAGCAACCACCAAUGCUGCAACCACAAGUGUCAAUGCAGCAUUUGAUGAAGUUGAAAAAACAUUCAAUUCUUGCUCUGCAGGUUAUGGCACCCUGAAGUCCAUGUCUUCUUCUGCAUCUUCCUCAUAUCAGUCCAUUAGAUCAUCAGCUUCUAAUUCCCUGUAUCCCUCACUAAGAUCCCCCACUAAUGUUACCACUGCUGUAACGUCCAGUACAAUGACUGUUCCAGUGUACUCUGUUAUUAAUGUGCUGCCAGAGCACCAGUUUAAAAAGUUACCUGAGGUGUCAAAGUCAGCUGCUGCUCUCCUAUCCCCAAGGAAGACUGUGCCAGUUGAGGUAAAUGCUCAGUUGCAGUCUUCCUUUGCCAAAACGCUUUCCCCUAUCAAAGCUCCCUUUUCUGCUGGCCUCAAGUCAAAUACCACAUCACCACUGUCAUCUAGCCAAGAGAUUCUGAAGGAUGUAGCUGAAAUGAAGGAGGACUUGAUUCGAAUGUCAGCCAUUUUGCAGACAGACCCAAAUUCCACAGCAAAUAAAGGAUUUCAGUCUGAUUCUCCCAGAGAGGCUAAGAUAGAAGAUGAGGAGCCAUAUCGGAUUGUGGAGAAAGUAAAACAAGACUUGGUAAAAGUCAGUGAAAUCCUCACUAAAGAUGGUGUGAAGGAUGGUAGGGUUUCCCUGGCCAGGGAUUCAUUGGAUGACAUACAUUUCUCGAAAGUACAAGUUGAACAACCCCCAAGCAACUGGAGCUAUCCCCCAAGAUAUGAGACAGUGGUCCCUCAAGCCAAAUCAAAAACAAUUCCUGAUCGAGAUUUCAAUCUGUCCAAAGUGGUUGACUACCUGGCCACUGAUGUGGGCAGCAGCUCUUUCACCAAAAUGUAUGAUACAAAGCAUAAAGCAGAUGAGGGCAAAAGAGAAGAAGAUGGGAAAGAGAAGCAGAAACGUGUUUUAAAACCCACCAUAGCAGUUCAGGAACAUAAGCUCAAAAUGCCUCCAACAAACAUGAGGUCUUCUUCUUCUGACAAGGAGAUCAGUAAAAUAGCUGAUACACUUUUUGGAGCAGAUACUGUGCUAGAAUCCCCUGAUGAUAUCUCACAUGAACAAGAUAAAAGCCCUCUCUCAGACAGUGGCUUUGAGACCAGAAGUGAAAGAACACCCUCUGCCCCUCAAAGUGCAGAAGGCAUGGGCCCCAAGGCCCUUUUUCAGGAUAUCCCAGUUCCACCAGUGAUCACUGAGACUAGAACUGAGGUUGUCCAUGUCAUCAGGAGUUAUGAGUCUCCAGAGGACAACAAACAACCUGCAAUGGAGGAUGCUCACCCAGUAAGAUAUAUUGAUUCAGAUGCUAAAGGGCAUCAAAAUCAAACUACGUCAACUGCAGACCAGAAUAAAUGCUAUUCAAUUAAAGUCAGCCCUGACGAAGAUCCCAUGGGGAAAGGGAUGAGGGUAAAGGAGGAAACUCACAUCACUACCACCACCAGGAUGGUGUACCACAAACCACCUGGCAAAGAAUCAGCAUCUGAGAGGUGUGAGGAGACGAUGUCUGUGCAUGACAUAAUGAAGGCAUUUCAGUCAGGCAAAGACCCUUCUAGAGAGCUGGCUGGACUGUUUGAACACAAGUCAAGCAAUGAGGAAACAUCUCAGAGAGUCCUCGAGGAUAUCAACUCCAAACCUAAAGUUGAAAGAAUAAUUGAGGUUCAUAUUGAAAAGGGCAAUAAAACAGAACCAACAGAAGUCAUCAUCAGAGAGACAAAAAACCAUGCGGAGAAGGAAAUGUACUACUAUCCAGGGAAUAGACAAGAUGAGGAAGAGACCGAGGAGUCUCUCCCAGUGUACCUUGACUCCCCAAGAGUGAACACACCCAUGUCCCAGGAAGAAGACAGUCGCCCUAAUUCAGCCCAGCUCAUGACAGAUGACUCUUACAAAACUCUAAAGCUACUUAGCCAACAGUCUGUUGAGUACAAUGAGGAUGAGUCAUCAGAGCUUAGAGGGGAGUCUUACAAUUUUGCAGAGAAAAUGCUACUCUCUGAGAAAUUUGACCAAUCUCAUUCUGACACAGAAGAAUAUUUGAGAGAUAGGUCUCGCUUCUGCUCACCAGAUAGAAGCAGUCACAGUGAGGGUAGAUCAGUAGGGCCAAGGACAGAGUAUGUCUUUAGGUCAACAAGAAACGUCUUUGAUAAAUCUGGACGAAUGGCCAAUGUUGAUGACAACUUUGACAAACUGACACUUUUGCAAUAUUCAUCUGAGCCUGGUAGCCCCAAGCAGUCUGUUUGGAUGCGUGUGUCAGAUGACACCCAGAAUAAGGACAGAGAACAGCUUAUAUAUGAGGACAGGGUGGACAGAACUGUAAAAGAGGCAGAGGAAAAACUAAGUGAGGUGUCUCAGUUCUUCCGUGAUAAAACAGAACAGCUCAAUGAUGAGUUGUCAUCUCCAGAGAAGAAAUCUCGUAGACCAGACUUCAGAGAAUCACGGUCAGGGCCCAGCUCUACACACAGCAGUCCAGAAAGAUCAGCUUAUAGGAGUGGGAGUAGUGGGGAAGAGUGGAGCAGGGAAAGGCUUCGAGACAGGUUCACCUCCAGUGACAGGAAAUGUGCCAGUUUACCAAGCAGUCCAGAAAGGAGAGUAUUGUUACAGUAUUGUGAUUCAGACUCAAGAAGACAAGGUGAUGGUAAAUCACAGGUAACUACAGGUGAAAACCCUAAACCUUUUCAGAUGUCUUCCUCCAAAGUCAGUGCAGUGAGGCUAAAGUUUGAGCAAGAGGCUCAAAGGCAAGAUAGGAGUCCUCAGGGUGUCCAAAAUUCAAAUCCUCCUAUCAGAAAGCUCCAGGAAAGUAAGCUUCCUGUUUACCAGGUAUUUGCUGGUUCAGGUGUCCCAAAAACAGGAGAUGGUGUGGGAAAUCAGAGGAGUUGUCAAGAGAGUGAAACAAAUAAGUUCUCACCCAAGCAUGAGACUAGUGGAAAAGAUCAAGAUGAGAGCAAGUUAUUCAGAACAUGGGAGAACCAAGGGUACGGAAACUAUAAACCUCAAUCUCCCAAACUAUCUAAUUCAUUAAUCCAUGAUUCUAUGAAAGGCAGCAAUAAUAGUGAUUCCCAAAGACAAGAAACAACAAAAAAAAUAAUCUACACAGAAUUUGUUGUCCGAGAAAGUCCAAACAGCAACGAUAGUCUAAAAAAAAACUCGGAAUCACAAAUUCCUGUAAGAAAACCAUCUAAUUUCUCAGAAAAUCAGAAAUCUCCCCCUUUAAAAUCUGAUACCCCUAUUGAACCACUUGAGAGGACAGGGUCUCAUAGUUCAGCUCGAAAUCGGGUACACAGUAGCUCUGAAUCCAAUAAGUCUACCCGUGGAUCAUCAGUAGGAAAAUCCACAGAUUCAUCAGAGGGUAGCCAGUCAAAUGUAGUGUGUAAUGGUGUUGAUAGUGACCAAGUAGAAUAUUUGGAUCAAGUAACUCCCGUAGUUGUAACUGAGGGUUUUAAAGAUAUUAAGCCCUUGCCUGUUUAUGUCAGCAUCCAAGUAGGAAAGCAGUAUGAGAAAGAGACAGCUUCGGGUCAGCUGGGAACAUACAAAAAGAUAGUAAGCCACGAGAGUAGGACAGUGCAUGAAACUAGGGGUGCAUUUUACUCUGUCAAACAAAAGCAGUCGCCAUCACCUCAAGGAAGUCCAGAAGAUGACACUCUAGAACAAGUGACUUUCAUUGAAAGCUCUGGGAAAAGUCCUGUUACCCCUGAGACCCCCAGCUCAGAGGAAAUGAGCCUGACCUCCAGAACGCCAGACUCUGUGAUGGGCUUCAUGCCUGGCAUGCCAAGUCCUAUCCCAGAGGAGUCUGAGGAGGAAGAAGGAAAGACCUUCAUCUACAAAGAGCCCUCAAAGGAAAAACCUAAGCCAGCUUCCCCAGAGAAUAAAAAGCAGGAUGGAGAGAGACAAAGGUCAAAGGACAAAAGAGUGGCUUAUAUAGAGUUUCCACCGCCUCCUCCUAUAGAAGCAGAACAGUCCAAUCCAGAGAAAAGGGGUUCGUGUGCUUCUUCUUCAGAGACAGAGAUGAUGGAGGUUAACCUGCAAGAGGAACAUGAUAGACACCUCUUAGCUGAGCCAGUCAUCAGGGUCCAGCCUCCAUCCCCUAUUCCCCCCGGAGCCGAUAACAGUGACUCUAGUGAUGAUGAGUCUGUCUUUCAUCCCAUCCCACUCAAAAAGUAUACAUUUAAAAUGAAGGAAGAAGGAGAGAAAUGUCCAAAACCCAAAAAAUCAGAGAAAAAUGGAAAUAAGGACUCUGGGAUCAAUGGUGUAGUAAAGGGAGAGGAUGCUGAUUUUGAGCAAAAUGGCAAUGAUCAGUCAAUCACUGACUGCUCAUUAGCGACCACUGCUGAGUUCUCUCAUGACACAGAUGCAACUGAAAUUGACUCUUUAGAUGGGUAUGACCUUCAGGAUGAGGAUGAUGGACUGAGCGAAGAUCCAAAAACAUCUAGCCUGUCUAAUGAUGGAAAAACGGCAGGUGCAUUUAGCCAGUCCAAGCUUGAAGUGAUAGAGGAAGAGAAAUGUGAGGAAGGGGGAGAUGGAAAGACUAAAAUCAGUGCAUCUUCUCUGCAAAGUAGUGGGGAUGAAAAAGAUUACACUCUUGAAGGAAGACAUCCAGAUAGGCAGGGCUUUGGAGAAAACUACUUUGGCUAUCAACUUGAAGAGGAGCUGAAUUCACCCUUUAAAACUGUGGCCACCAAAGGUUUGGACUUUGACCCCUGGUCUACAAAAGGGGUUGAUAAUGAUGGGGUUUUUGAGUCCAAAUCAAAAGACGAUGACCCAAAACCCUAUGGCUUAUCAGUGGAGGACUCACAGGCUACAACUCCUGACACAACCCCUGCUCGAACACCAACUGAUGAGAGCACACCGACUAGUGAGCCUAACCCUUUCCCUUUCCACGAAGGGAAGAUGUUUGAGAUGACCCGCAGUGGUGCUAUUGACAUGAGCAAGCGGGACUUUGUUGAAGAGAGGCUUCAGUUUUUCCAGAUUGGUCCCCAAAGUCCUUGUGAGCGAACGGACUUGCGCAUGGCUAUAGUUGCAGAUCACUUGGGACUCAGUUGGACAGAGCUGGCUCGGGAGAUGAACUUCACAGUGGAUGAGAUCAAUCACAUUAGACUAGAGAACCCGAACUCUCUGACAGCACAGAGCUUCAUGCUUCUUAAGAAAUGGGUCAGUCGGGAAGGGAAAAACGCCACAACGGAUGCCUUAACUGCAGUGCUGACCAAAGUCAAUCGGAUGGAUAUUGUGACUUUGCUGGAGGGGCCAAUAUUUGACUAUGGUAACAUUUCAGGCACAAGAUGUUUUGCCGAUGAUAACGCUGUUUUCCGGGAUCAGGCUGAUGAUUAUCAGAGCAUUCUAGUGGAGCUGCAGUCCCCCGCCACACUGCACUCUGAUCCCUACUUCCUGGAGUCUGACCUCCCCGUCACUCCCAAUCCUUCCCUUGCACACCACCAACAACAGCACCAUUAUCCAGAACCAGACACACCUUUGCUUGCUGACACCCAGCCUCAGCCCUUGCCUUGGAGUCCAGAGUUAGAGCCCAGUAACAGAGAGCCAGAAAGCCCCCCUAGGAGCCCCCCUAGACCCUGUGAGCUCACCCUAUCUGUCCCGGUAUUUGAACUUCCUGAUCCUGUUCCCUGUAAGCCCAGAAAGCCCCACAUUGCCCUGAAUGAUCAGCUGCUAUUGAGCGAGGAGGAGGACCGAUCUUUUCAAGAAAUGGAGCCGAUCCACAGGCCCAGGUCACGGUCCUUUCCCACGAUGUGUGAAUUAGACGUUGACAUGGCAUACUCCACAUCUUCCCCUUCAUUAUCAUCAAUUUCAUCGAUAACCCCUUCAUCACCAGAGAGAGCACAAAUUGGAGAUGGAAGAGUGCAGCUGGAUCCCUUUAAUGGGGUAAAACAAGAUGUUUGUUUGAAAAGAGGUGAAAAGGAAGUGACAGAAGAAUUAGGGAAGGUUGUUGAAGUGGCUGCAGCAGAGUUGGAAGAGGGAAGUGCAUUAGUGGAAAAGUGGGUAGAGCGAGACUUAAUUGAAAAUGUGGAAAGAAAAUGUGAGAUGAUAACAAAAGAUAGGUCUAAACUAACAGAAGAAAAUACCAUUUUGGUGGAACAGAAAGAGGGGUCUGAAGAGGAAGAGAAAGAUUUAGUGAGUAACCAGCGGGAUCAUAUUCAUGACGGGAAUAAGGGGACAGCCUAUGUCAUGGAAGAGGUGAGAGAUGUACAGCUGUCAAACGAGCAGUAUGACCUGCCAGGAAAUGAGCAUGAAAUGGAAAAAGCUUGUGACACAUUUGAAGCAGAUAGCAGAAAAGUUGAUGGAGACACUGAGAAAGUUUUCUGUGAGGGUGACAGAAUAGAUGAUACACAUGAAGAUAUGCAGUUUAAGGAUUCAACGUUGUGUAGCAGUGAAAAGGAUAUUUGCAGUACAUCACAACAGGACGUCGAGGACCAGACUGUAGUCCGCCUCUCCCCUCAGGCCUGGGUUGAGGCACUUGAGGAACUUCAGCCCAAUGAGUCUGGCUCCAAUGAAGAAGAUGAGGAGGAGGAGGACAAAGAGAUCAAAGAAGAAGCAUUAGGGUCUUUGUUGGAGGAGGUGAAGAACAAAGGUGGCUCAGAGGAAAAGGAGGAGAACGAAGAGAUGACCAAGUCCAGGAUUCAGGAGAUUUGUGAUCACGUUGAACAUGCAGAACAAGACCUUUGUUCACUUUCAGGUUGGCACAGCGAUUCAUCCAGUGUCAAUGUGGAACCGCCAACGCCAGGACGCAGUGUCAGCUCAGACUUGCUCGACAGACGAGAAAGCCAAGAGAACUCUAGUGACUCCAUCACCUCCUCAUCUAGAGGAGAAUCAGGGAGGUCCCGACAGAACGGCGACAACUCAAAGCACUCACCUCAGGACGGCUCAUCUGAAUCAUCAAAUGGCAGAAAGGAGGAGGGAACACUAGUGUCAGAGAAAAAAGUCCAGCGAGUUAGUGUAGAUUCCGGUUCAGAGGAAGAACAGACAGUAACCACCAGAAUCUUCAGACGCCGUCUAAUUUUAAAGGGAGAAGAAGCAAAGAAUAUCCCAGGUGAGACCAUGACAGAGGAACACUAUAUGGACCAAGAUGGUAACCUCAUCAGUAGAAAAGUCAUAAGGAAGGUUAUUCGCCGGGUGUCUACUCCCACACCAGAAAACCAAGGAGGUGACAGGUGGCACAAAGACCUUCACCACAGUCCCACUCUGCAAGAAGAUGCAUCAGAGCAUGGAGAGGGGUCAAGGAAUAGCAGGCGGAAAGAUGAUAGAAGAUCAGGGGAUAAAAAGCACCACUCAUAGGGAUGGUUACUCUCUUCCAGAUACAGAGGAACCAAGUUCGACGUUUCCUGGGAACAAGUGUUCAGAGGGCUAAGACUUCAGGUUCGAGGACGUAAAGCAAAGGUCCAGUGUGCCACUAUCUGCUCUAAAUAAAUGGCUUUCACAUGAAAGGAGUCAACCCUUCUGACUUGCGCAUGAGCAUGAAAAACUCACUUCCUGUCAAUUAAAGGACCAGGAAGUUCUCACUUUCUGACUGUGGUGGACCAGUGGACAAUGAUCCUGCUUCCUGUUUUGUGUGAAACAAUACGUGCCAUCGGUCCACUGGUGUUGUGAGAGCUUUUUGGAGGAGCGUCGUUUGUUGCGAAAAACGACAGAGACUCCAUUACUGACAACCACACAGGUGCAACUGUGACCAAAGAUGGCACAAGAGCUCAAUGCACAUGGUGGGUGAAAAGAAUGAGGUAGACACAAUAACACACACAAAAAAAAUCGAAUGGACACUUCUGAUCCAACUUCAACACUCGCCUUAUAGUUUUUUCUUGAACCCAUUGUUGUCAGGAUGUAAAUUGUUUGGGGUUUUUUUUCCUUCCUUUUUAAAACUUAAACACAACUAACACAAAAGCUUUUUUUCCUGUAUAUAAAAUUAUAAUGUGUAUAAUUCUUUUAAAUCAAAUGGACAAGUUGCUGGUUGCGAACGCACUGAGGAGAGUGACCUUUUCAAGUGCUUUCAAAAUUUACUGAAACGAUUUCACUUUUAAAGAUUUGAGUGUAACUUCACGGGUUCUUGUAUAAUUAAUUACUAGAACAGGUAUAAUGUUUGUACAUGAAAAAGCUGGUUUGAUUUUAACAGAAGAAAUUUCCAGAAAAAAAAUCUAAUUUCUGUAAUUCCCAAAGUGGGAAUGGAUCUAAUCCUGCAAAAAAAGGAGCCUUUCAGAGUACUCAUAUUUUCAUGCAUGCUGUUCACAUUAUUUUAAUUACAAUUUUUACAGGUUUGCAAAACACUGUAUUCAAAUGAAUCCCUUUAUCACUAUACACAUAUAGCCCUGAUGUUUGUCACCGAUUUUAUAUUUCAAAUUGAAAAAGGAUACCAUUAAAGCAUUUAUCAUGUUGGGGUGAGGAUGAAAAAAAAUCUAUAGCUUCUUGAGGAUGUGAUGUCUUGUCUGUCUGUGUAAAACUGGAGGGCAGCUUCUGCUACAGGAACGAAGUAAUCUGAAUGUAAAUGCUAGUAGGCUGGCUCGCUGUAAAAUUAUACUUGUAUUGUGCAUAUUGGCUAUAAGGUUUAGGAGUCUCUGUACACUGUAAGACUGUUUGUAAACAUUUAGCAGUGUGUCAGUUUGGUUUUCUAAUGGCUGCUGUGGUAUUAAAGGAAAACUGGGGCAUUUCACUUUGGAUUCUUUGGUGAAGUAUUUCCUUAAUUUAAAACCUACUCACAUUAAGGACACAUAAAGACAUUAUUUGAUUGUAGCUCCAAAUAGCAUAUUGUAUGACAAAACACUGGAUGGUCAGAACCAGUUAUUUAAGCAUUAAAUAAAUUGUGUUUUAACUCUGAAACUGUGUGAUCUCUUUAGGCUUGAGAGUCUGUAUAUGCAGUGUCGAAUAGAAUUGUUUUCACUAGCUCACUGACAAAAUUUUACUUUACAUGACAUUAGGAAUUUAUGUAUCAGUUUUCAUUAGAUGCCCAUGUAGUUCAAGUGUGGUGUUCUACUGCUGCGAUGGCUCAGUAUGCUGAUGUCUAUGCUGUGGACAUGAAAACUAUGUAACUUUUCUUUUUUUUCAGUUUUUUUGGGGUGGGUGGGAGUAUCAAAGGAAGUCAGAUAGGGUGCUGUACCACAUCCCCUUAUACUACUAUGUCAAUCAGGGGGUAGAGGAUACUUUGAUAUGGUUGAAGUAUCAAUUUUGUUAAUUUUCUUUGAUAUGUGUUUUCACCUGAGCAGAUUUUUUGAUGUACAAUUCUUACUAACAGAGUGAAGCCAUUGAAAUAUAACUAUUCUAGCACUUUGGUUAUUCAAGGUCUUUUAGAGGCUAUAACAGCAAUGAUGCCAUCACAAAUGUUUCAAACGUCUUUAAAAAAAAUCAACCUAAAAACUACAAAAAAAUACAAUAAAAAUGCAGUGAUUUUGCAGUACA